AUGGGCAACGAAUACAACCCCAAGUCCGAUAAAUCGACCGUUACUCCCCCGAAGGGUGAGAAACUGCACCCGGAUCAACUUCAUUUUCAGAAAUUUCUUCAGCCACAGCACCCGAUAUGGAAGAAUGACAAGUCGCUGCAAGCAUUCCAGGCUCAGCUUGGAUUCUAUCUUCAGCCCUGGUGGCACUCCCACCCCAGGCAUCUCCCACAAAACGCAGGGAAGCUUGGACUUCGGGAAGCCACUCCCAAGGAGAUGAAGGACAAUGGCCUUCGGGCCAUUAGUAGAGGAUCGACAUGCUAUUCGGCAGCUGAACCAAAGAAGGUCCACACUUGUCAUACUGCCUUUAUUAUUCCCGCUUUUACAUAUACACAUAAAGAUCUCAAAUGUGUGAAUGUUCCCGAAGGCAAUCUUGUCUUCCUCAAUAGGUGGACAACCGAAUUUCGUGUCUGUAAUAAUUGUUACAUCAACACAAAGACUCAAGUGCCGUGCUCAUUCAAGAAGAGACCGGUUGAAGAGUUGUUCGGCGUUCCGUCCGAAACCCGAAAGCGACCGAAGAAGGUCUCUCAAGUCAAAGAGGAUAACUCUGAUACGUCAAGUGCCGAAUCGGAAUCUUCUUCCGACCUCCAAUCACGUUCUCCUUCCCCCGCUGGCCCGUCCAAAACCCGCACCAUCAGGACUCGCUCUGCGAAAGGGGUCACGAAAACGAAAUCUCCUUCUCCUCCCCUUCCUACCAACAAGAGCAAAGGGGGGGCCACGUCAAAAGCACGAGGGUUAACAGAUGUUCCAGUGCAGGCGCCUAUCACGCCGAAGGGCAAGGGGAAAGAGGUGGGGCCAAGCGAUCCUCAACGUGUUGUGAAGCCCCCAAAGAGAGCUCCGAAAUGGACAGUUAGACCUCCGAAUCGGACCGUCAGUCCAGCUCCCACUCCUGUCUCAGUGCCGCCCCAGUCCGAAGGCGAAACCGAACUCUCAACAUCCGCCUUUCCUUCUCCGUUGCUCGAGCAACCUCAAGAUAGCUUAGGCCAGGAUAGCGCUCCAACAUCUCUGGAGCAACCUGAAGAUGGCUUAGGCCAGGAUGGCGCUCCAACAUCUCCUAAGCAACCCCUCAAUGCGCGACAGGAAAGACCAAAGUUCCCUCCUCGACCUCCCAAAACACUGAGCAAUAUUCCCGAAAAUCCCCCCUCCGAAGCUGGUCACUCCGAAACUGCUCCUCCUCCUUCACAUCCUGGAACUUCUGGCCUGCCCAUUAUUGUUGCAAGUAGUCCUGUGCCUCGUCCUACAAAGCGUCCAUUGGAAGAGGCUGAAGACUCUCAGCUCGAACCGAAACGCAGUCGGCAGUUGCCGUCCGAAAAGAGUCCUAACCCACCCGAAACGGACCCCACACUCCCCCCCGCGGUCCAUCAUGUACCUUUCCCUGCUACUGACGAGGGUAUCGUCUCUUCACCAGCUCCAUUCACUCCGCAAUUAGCUGCAACAGUUGGAGCUCAAUUCCAUUCAUCUCCAGUAGGCCCUCCACCCCGCCGAACAGACAAAAGCCUCACUCCGAAUCUGCUACCAAGCCCCUCCCCGGCGCCGAAAUCUUCUCAACUGCCAAAUGCCGAAGCCGGACCGUCCUCGCUCCUCAUCCCAGUGCAUCGUGAAAUCCGUCCCAAUCCUCCCUCGCUAGGUGGCAUAGCAGCAAUGCAGCAGUGGUUAGCUCAGAAGGGCCGAAAGCCGUCGGGACUCCCGAAUCGUGCUGCUCCCAACAUCUCAACCGGCAAUGCAACAUCGACAUUGUCUCCCAGGCAGGCGGCUCCCCCGCCUUUCGCUUCCCAGUCGGUUCCGCCUCAUACUCCUCCUGCAACUGCCGUUGUCCGUGCCCAGUCCGAACUCGGUGUUCCUGGCCUUCUCUCCCAAUUGGGUCCUCUCCCCUCUUACAACGCUCCUUCGGGUAGUGCUAUCAGUCACACCCAACAAACCGAAUCACAAGUUCCACCAAAUCUUCAAGGUCAGCGUCAAUUUCUCACCAAUACGCCUUCUGUUCCGUCCCUUGAUGAGCCUGCUCCUGUGAUGGUUGCUCCUUACGUUCCUGGGCCACCGACUACGUUGCCUGAAGUAGAACAAUGCCUCAAACUCAUGAACCAAUUUCAGGUCACCCAGGCUGAGUUUGAAAAAACGUUCGCUUCCCGGAUGGUAUCUUAUGUUUCGGACAUGAUGGUUUAUUAUAAGGAUAUCAAUCGCGGACGUUCCGAAGCCUACUCCGAAAGUCUACAAAACACCAUUUCGGGUGUCAAGAGUGUCGAUCAGACGUGGAGUCAGUAUAAGGCUCAAUUUGAUUCUGUUGUUUCGGAGAGGGAUACUGCACAGGGUGAGGUGAAAACACUGGAUCGAUUGUAUAAACAACAGAUUGAUAAGAAUGAGGAACGGGAUGUGGCCGUCGCUCGAGUAACUGCCGAAAAGAAUGCCGAAAUUGCGGUGAUCCGAAGUCAACUUCUGGAGACACAAGAAGGGCUGAAGAUCAUGAACCAGAGGUUUGCUAGUGCUUUGGGGGAGACAGAGAAGCAAGCUCAGGCUUACAAAGCGGCGGAGAAACGGAGCACAGAGCUGGAGGCCAAUAUGAGGCAGGUGGAGGAGAAGGCAACUGCCGAAGUGCAGGCUCUCAAAGCUCGCAUUUCGGAGCUCGAGACGGCAAACGAUGCUGUUCAGAAGGAGUUGGCCCAGGCCACAAACUUCGUCGCGGACUGUGUGGACGUUCAGGUGGGCUUGGAAUCGCAAGUGAAAGACUUGCAGGAACAGGUUAGUCAACUGGAGGGCAACGCCGAAAGGGAUGAAUAUGAGUUGGAGAGGGCCAACUUUAAUAUCAACGAUCUUGAAUCAGAGCUUGAAGAAGUCAAAGAGCAAAAUUCUCGGCUACGAAUGAGGCUCCAAAAUGAAAGCCAACAAUCCCAAUCAAGUCAGUACUCUAACAGACGGAGAGCCCUUAGUCACGAUCCUUCCCCACCUGCCUUAAAUGUCCUUCCCACCGCUCCAACCUCCGAGACUACACCUUCGACCAUCCGUAUUUCGGCUUUCGGUCUACGUUUCGGGACUUCAUUUCGGGUUAUGGUCAACUGUUUCUGUUUUUCCCUUCCAUGUUUGGAUGUCAAGAUGUUUCAAUUAUGUGUGAACUAG